ACUAUGUUCACGAAGAGUAAAUGUAGUUCCAGCACUUUCCCAAAAUAAAUCUCGCAAUGUUUUCGACUACAUUAUAUCCCUUACAGUGUUUAUCGAAAUUAGUACAAGUGCACGUGUUCCAAAUUAUCUUGUUUUCGCCACCGUAAUUACGAUUUUGAUUUGGGGUAAAUAAAAAGUUUCAGCUUCUACACGACGAAUCUGCCGAUCGCUGCGAAUGAGAAUGUUUGCAUACGUGAGGUACCUGGAUGACGGCUGCACGGCAGUUGUUUCAACAUGCGAAAUUAAGGACUUUAACUUUAACAAGUUUGACCAAACACAGAUUUAUUGGGUACGAUGGAAGCAAGACUUCUUCAGGGCACAAAUACUGAUGCUAAAAGAGAAUAAAGAAGACAUAGAGGAGGAGUUGUCUAAGGGCAAACGACUCCGGGUAGCACCUCUUAAAACAUGGUCGUCUCCACCACAUACUACGUCUUCCUCGCUAAAAGAGAAAGCGGAAGCCAAGACCAAAAAUACAAACCAGAAAACUGCCUCAGAUGAAGGGAAAAAACAAUCGCUUCUCAAUAUAUUACAUGAGCGCAAAGCCCAAAAACGACAGGCUCCACUCUGUCCAACAGCACAAACUAAAAAGAUUAAUGAGCAGACCCCAUCAUCACAUCUGGCAACAGAUGAAGAAGAUGCCGUUGGUGCAGAUGUUGUUCCCCGCAAAUUAUUCGAAGAGUCACAAAAGCAACUCCAGUUUUACCAGGAAAAGCUGAAGGAUGUUACUCUCCAACUUGAGAAAACCCAAACAAAGCUGAAGGAGAUUGAAAAGGCAGAAAUAACAGCCUUGAGAAAAUUAAACAUUGAACUCCAGAAUAAACUACUGACCUUGUCCUCUUCACCCCCUGUAUGCAGCGAAAUCAAAGAGACCUCUUUAGUGGAGCAGUCUGGUUCUAGCAGUCAACAGUCUGAAGCAAUAAUAAAUGUGGUUGGAGAUGAGAUUGUCUUGGGUGGGACUAUACAUUUAAGAAAGGAAGUCUGGGAGAAAAUAAGCAGCAGCACCAGGGACUCUUUAUUCAUUAAAGAACUGGCAGUGGCAGUCUGGGGAACCAAAACCCUUGGGGAGCGCAGCCUUACAGGCAAGGAGUGUCCCACCACAAAAUCCAGUCGACAGCCGCUGACUCCAAAAAAAGUGAAAAUAGUAAAAGCCACCUUUCGUGAAUGGCUAGAGAAUAAAAAAAUUCCAAAGGAAGAAUUGGAAGCCAGGGCGUCAAAGUCUGGCCGUUACAUAACCGAAAAAAUUAUGGACAUUAACAAACAAAAAAAGAAAGCCAUGUGAAGAGGGGAAUAUUAAGAAUGUAUUUCUUUAUUAAAAUGUGAAUUACAAUUAUGUAAAAAAAA